CCUCGCUAUCUUUCAGCAUUACUUCGGUUGCAGAAUGCUCAAGGCUUAUGCAAAGCUCAACAAAGUAGUUGAACGGCGGAAUAUAUUCGAGCUAAUGCCAAAUCCGGAUGUGGGCUCAUGGACCUCUCUUCAGAAUCUUUACCUCAAUAGCAAGCAACCCCUGAAAGCGUUAAUGGUAUUUUACGAGUUGAUGUUGUCCAAUUCCGCGAAACCUGAUUCGCAUUCCGUGGUUGCUGCUCUUUCUGCUUGCGCACGCCUCAAGGACCUAAGAAAUGGAAGAGCAAUCCACGGCUUGGUGUACAAGCAUCUUAAAGAACCCGGGCCCAAUGUGCAUAACGCGCUGAUCGAUAUGUACGUUAAAAAUGGAAGAGUUCACAUAGCUGAACGUGUGUUCAGUAGCAUAAAUUUUAAGGAUGUUGCUAUAUGGACUAGCUUACUCAAUGGAUAUCUUCUGAAUGGUGAUAUUGAAUCAGCUAAAGGGAUGUUUGAUGAAAUGCCACAAAGAAAUGUGUUUUCUUGGACUGCGAUGAUUGUGGGGUAUGUCCGCAAGAAAAAUCCAAUCGAAGGAUUGGAGUUGUUCACAAGAAUGAGACGUGAAGAUGUUGGAGAACAUUGUAAUCCCACUACAGUCACCAUUGUUGCCCUGCUUUCUGGUUGUGCUGAUAUUGGGGCACUUAAUUUAGGAAGUGCAAUUCAUGGGUACAUUAACAAACGCAUUGGAUUCGUUUUGGAUGUUGCCGUGAAUAAUGGGUUGAUAGACAUGUAUGGCAAAAGUGGAAAUCUUGAUUCGGCUGUGAAGCUAUUUGAUAGCAUGAGGAUGAAAGAUUUGUUUUCAUGGACUACCAUGAUUUCCUCUUUGGCGCUUAAUAGCAGAGGUAAAUGUGCUCUUCUGGUUUUUGAUUCGAUGGUGGAAUCUGGAAUGAUACCAAAUCAAGUUACUUUUCUAGCAGUUUUAUCAGCUUGCAGCCAUGCAGGAUUAGUUAUUGAGGGCGAGAGAUUAUUUGAGAAGUUUGUAAGUGGCUACAAUAUGAAGCCCCGGAUUGAGCAUUUUGGGUGUAUGGUUGAUCUUUUUGUUCGAGCAGGAUAUCUGGAGAAAGCCAUAAGGUUGAUUGAGGGGAUGCCGAUGAAGCCGGAUGCUGUUAUCUGGAGAUCGCUUCUCGGUGCUUGUGUGGGACAGGGGAAUCUAGAAUUGGCUGAAGUGGCCGGGAAGAAAGUAGUCGAACUAGAACCUGAUGAUGAUGCAGUAUAUGUACUUCUUUGGAGUGUCUACCGCUCGAAAAACAGAUGGGAUGAUGCUUCGAGGGUAAUGAAAAUGAUGAGAGAACAAAAAAUCAAGAAAACACCUGGGUGCAGUUGGAUUGAAGUGAAUGGUGUUGUUCAUGAGUUUCUUGCUGAAGCUUCCCCAUACACUGUUGGUGAUAAUAUAAUCAUUGUCCUGGACGCAAUGAUUGAACAAUCAAACUUAGAUUCUAACCUUCUUUUCUUUGAAUGGACGUGAGAUUGUGGAGGUUGUCGAGUUGAUCGAGGAUGCUGUCAUUAGUUAUAACAUGAAAAAGACCAGAAUGUAACUGAUAGAUGAUUUAGAAACUAAAAGGCAGAAGCAGCUUAACACGAUCGAGGACGGGACAGCUGAAAUAAGCUCAAGGUAGAUGAUGAGCCGUGUGCAGGGAUUAUUACCAGAAAAGGUUUUCUGACUUGUGCAUAGCUUGUUUGUGUGUUGUCAAUAUCUUGGAUUAUUUACAGGCUGCAUAAAAUAGGGAUACUACCUUGCGCUUUUACCAAAGCAUGCCCCAUAUUGAUUUAUGUGCCAAAUGAUGAUACCAAUUUUCAAAGCUUUAUGGCAUAUAAUGUAUAUCUUUGUUAUAUUUUAGAACCUAUCUUUGUCUUUGUCCCAAGAUGUAUUUAUCAGCAUCCUUUCCAUGGGAUGUUGCAUCAUAUUGAGAUUUCAGCAGCCUCCUGUGGUGUUUUCCUUAACCAGGUGUAAUACUAAAACUCAUCCUCCCAUCCUGCUAUCUUAUCCUUCAUGUCUACUCACCGCCAGCUGCUAUAUAUGACCUUGAUUUAGUCUAUGCGAAUGAACACUUCUGGUACGGAAUAGAAAAUGAAAUGGAUAAGUUUCUUUCCUCAAGUUUGAACAUUGAAUGUUCAGAUCACAUCCCGAUUUGGACUGGGAAAUAGAGUGAGAUUCAAAAUUCUGAUCCUAGCAAAUUGACUUUGAUAUUAUAAUAAGCCUUAGUCAAAGUUCAUUGCUUCAAUUUACAAGCAGCCACCAUCUUCCUGCUCUUCUU